GGUGAUCCGUCAGUUCUCUGGCGAGAAAACCCACUCUGUCCAAGAGCUGUACAACUUUCCCUCCAGAAUCCUUCAGAAAGCUUGGGGAUGCCAUCUGGCCUUGGUGACUUUGCUUGAACUUAGGCACUGAAGAACAACACAAUGGCGGGUCACAACCAACUUUGCAUUCGCCGUUGGACAACUAAGCAUGUGGCCAAAUGGUUGAAGGAAGAAGGCUUCUUCGAGUAUGUGGACAUCUUAUGCAAUAAACACAGACUUGAUGGGAUCACACUACUGACAUUGACUGAAUUUGAUCUGCGGUCCCCUCCCCUGGAAAUCAAAGUACUGGGGGACAUCAAAAGGCUAAUGCUGUCAAUACGCAAAUUGCAGAAACAGCAUAUGGACGUUUUGGAGGAGAUGGGCUACAAUAGUGACAGUGUGGGUCCCCUGACACCUUGCAUCAGUUCUCUUCAGGGUUCAGACUGGUUUUGUAAUGGUGAGCUUCCCCGUGACUGUGAUGGACCCAUUACCGAUUUGAAUUCGGAUCAGUACCAGUAUAUGAAUGGGAAAAACAAACACAUCGUUCGAAGAUUGGAUCCAGAGUACUGGAAGACAAUAUUGAGUUGCGUCUAUGUUUUCAUAGUGUUUGGGUUUACGUCUUUCAUCAUGGUUAUAGUUCAUGAACGAGUGCCAGACAUGCAGACAUAUCCACCGCUACCAGACAUAUUUCUAGACAGUGUUCCUAGGAUUCCAUGGGCCUUUGCCAUGACAGAAGUAUGUGGUGUGGUUCUCUGCUAUAUUUGGCUGUUGGUUCUCCUCCUUCACAAGCACAGAUCAAUACUGUUGCGAAGGCUCUGCAGCCUGAUGGGUACCGUCUUCUUGCUGCGCUGCUUCACCAUGUUUGUCACUUCCCUCUCUGUGCCUGGACAGCACCUUCAGUGUUCUGGGAAGCUGUAUGGCAACGUGUGGGAGAAACUUCAUCGAGCCUUCGCCAUUUGGAGUGGUUUUGGCAUGACCCUAACUGGAGUACACACUUGUGGAGAUUACAUGUUCAGUGGCCAUACCGUUGUCCUGACUAUGCUGAAUUUCUUCGUUACGGAAUAUACACCAAGGAGCUGGAACUUCUUGCACACUUUAUCUUGGGUCCUCAACCUCUUUGGAAUCUUCUUCAUUUUGGCUGCACAUGAACAUUACUCGAUCGAUGUGUUUAUCGCGUUUUAUAUCACCACGAGACUCUUUUUGUAUUAUCACACGCUGGCCAAUACCAGAGCAUAUCAGCAGAGUAGAAGAGCAAGGAUUUGGUUCCCAAUGUUUUCCUUUUUUGAAUGCAAUGUAAAUGGUACAGUUCCUAAUGAGUAUUGUUGGCCUUUCGCAAAACCAGCAAUAAUGAAACGGUUAAUUGGAUGAAGAAUGGCCCUGUAAAAGAGUCGUGAUUUAAUCUCCUCAAGAAGUAAACAUUAGGCGUACCAUUAUUUUUUUUUCUCCGCACAUUGUCUCCAGAUGCCUUGCUUCUUGGCUUGAACAUUCCCAAAGCGCUGCUUCCUGUGCUUUAUAAGUUUGUGAUUGUAAUAAGUAAGGCUAGACUAUCCAGGGCCUCAAGUAGAUGUUCCCUCAGUUGAACAGAAACUUAAGUAGUUUGUAUCCUUUAGUCAGGUUUAUGUUAGGCCUGAGGGCAGGAUGUAACCAGUGCCUGUUUAAUAUCUGUUCACUAAACUUAACAUUAAGCUGCUUUUCUGAUUGAAGGGAUCUCUGCUGAUUCCUGGUACACUUCUAUCAAGAACAUCACCUAAUAUUUUUUUGAAGAUGCUGGUUUUCUUCAAAGAAAAAAUUGAGCAAUACUCAGCCUUUAAAAUGAUCUGUGCAUGUUUUAUAAUUUGAAACCCCUAAGAGUGGCUAACAUUUUGAGAAAUGUGUGCUUUCUGAAACACCAGCUCCAAGAAAAAUAUAUAACUGCGCACCAGGAUUUCUGAAAGUAGGAGAAAUAAGAGGAGCAAUGAAUAAGGUAAACAGAAUGCCAAGAAGAAAUCACUUGCCUCUGACAGGUACAAUUUUUGUCAGGGACAGCACUGGCAUUUGUAACCAGAGCUUACAUAAAGGGAUCAAACAGUAACCUCCUUCCUCCUUCCAUUUUGUGGCCUUCUUGUGGCACUUCAGUAGAUGUUUGAGGGAAGAAUAGCCACAGUUACUGAAAAUUAAUUUGGCCUAAUUUUGGUGGUACAGCCACCUGGAAACUUUGUGUUGAUCCUUUUGUCAUAAAAUUGGCAACCCAAACCUAUAUAUAUAUAUAUACGUAUACAUACGUAUGUAUGUAUAUAUAAUUUGGGUAGGUUAUUUAAUUAACAAGAUAGGGCUUUCUAGUACUAUUGUGAAAUAUUUUAUGUGCCGUUUAUCUGGGGAAGCGUGCAUGUAGUAUUUUUCCCCUGCCUUCCCCCCUCCUUUCUCCCAUCUCCCUCUCCCCCCAGAAAAGAAAUAAUAGUAAAUUUCAAAAAUUGUUUUGCUUUUUAAUUUGGGGGAAGGGGAGGACCCUGAAAUUUCUAAUACCAAUUUAUUCAUUAUCAGCAAGUCUCCAUAUUAUAUGAACAUGGACCAGAUUUUUUAUUUUACAAACUUGUAUAUAAACUCUGCCUGCAUAAUCUUAUUUUAGCAGUCAGCAAAUUAAAAUAAGCUGCUUGUUUACAACACUAGAAGUUAAGUGUUCUGAGUCAUGUAGCUUCUGUGACCCAUUAGCCACUUUUUUUUUUUUCCACAAUCCUGAUUUGUGGUUGGGACUGGAGAACUGGAAUUUGAAUCUAGAAUUUGAAGUCCUCUGGGGGCAGGCUCAUCCCCUGUCCAGCUACCAAGCUUCUUCACAUCGAAUCUUAAUUGUGCCAUCGAAUUCUCCUUUUUAAACUCAUGAAAUUUGAGGCAGUGCUGGAUUUGAUAUAUUUUUUGAGGUCCCAAAUGAGGCCACUAGAUCUGCACUAGAACAUCUUUUCAUUUAGCACUUUAAUUUACUACAUUUUAUUUAUAACCUUCCGAAUUUCCAGAAUGAAUAGCAAGAAAAGGGUAAUGUUUCUUUCAUCUGCAAGGUUUUCAUCUAGUACUGCAUGACCUCAAUUUGGGUCUGCUUUGAACUCUGAGUUAGGAACUGCCAUGUUAGUUCACGCAUGACUGUCUGGGUGAGAAAUUGUAUGUGGAACCAAGCUAAUUUAAGCUUUAUUAUGCUCCAUUGUCUGACACUUCCACUUAUAACAUCUUAGAUUGCAAAUCGUAAUAUGUGCUGGGGACAAAAAUGCUAGCAUUUCAUUCAAAAAUAUUGAGUCAGCUUUAGGAUGAGGGGGAACAAUGAUGGCUCCUUUCGCUAAUAUUAAACCGGACCCACUCCUACCCUGGAGGUCAGAGGGUGGUCGUGAUCUUGCUUUAUUUUAUGGCUGGCAGAGGAGAUGUGCACGUACCCCUUGGGAACAUAGGAAUAGUGUCACUUAGGGAAGACCAGAUUCUUGCUUUUGGACAACUGUGGAAAAAAAAAAAACCCUCACAUUAAUUCAGCUAUGUUGAAAGUGUGAUAAAUUUUUCCUAAAAGUUGGCCACAUUUCUUUCGUGUGCUUUCUAGGAUAGAAAGAAAUAGAAAUCAAAAAUGCAAUUAACUUUGCAGAGCCAUUGACAUUGAGAGCACCGAGCCCCGGACUGCUGGCUGGAUUAAUUAGCUGUCAGAAUUGUGAAAUCAGUUUUUGGUCUUGCAUGUAGUCAUUGCUACUGUCGAAGCAAAAUAUAAGCUAAGGCUUCUCAUUUAUUGUAAAAAAUUAUUACAAGACACUGUUUACAUAAACAAAAGUGAUCAUCUCAAAGUCUCUUUCCUGGAAUACUUUGAGGCAAAAUCCCUUUUGGCUUUUUCAAUGUGAAAUUUAAAUUUUUGUUACUUUUUUGUCCUGAAAUUUCCUGCUUUUGUAAGAGAUAUUUUCCUUUCUCUCGCUGAGACCCAAACCGUAAGUUAAGGUUGCAUACUGAUGUUUACAUUUUGGUCUCGCUAGGGAAAGCUGCACAGCUAGGUCGUUACCAUUGUUUCGUUUUAUUCUACUACUGUGACUUUAAGGGACUUAGGUCACCAAGAAUUCCUCCCUAUUGCACACUUCCUUCGUGACAGUUCCAAGGAGGUGUUAUGUAAGGAGAGGCAAAAGAUUUUGCUUUUUGGGAUUUAAAAGAGAGAUUUUACAUCUCAUCUGCAGUUCGUGUGUGCAGUUUUGGGGCUCAGUGCCGCCUGCCUCAGCCUGGAUGGUGUUUUCACCACUACGGACACUUAGUGACCGAGAAGGAGGAGCUGUGAGGGAAAUCAGUGCCAAGUACUGGGAUGAUAUUUGCUUGGGGAAAACCUUUUCCAUUCCUCAAGGUAGCCCCACUGUGCCUCUCUGAAAAUGUUCCUCUUUCCCACUGCCAGGACCUCUAGAACUAAAUUGAGGGAACCAGAAUUCAGAAACCAAGCAAAUAUCAUGCCUCUCUGGCUACUUUGGUCUUUUAAAAACUGAAACCAGUGAGAGACUUUGCCUUGGGAAGAGAAAGUUGAAGGAAUAUUGGUUGAAAAAGGAAACUCCGCCAACCAGAAACUUGCCAUAAUCGUUGGUACGCUUGCAGAUUUUAAAAUCUUUCAGCACGCGUGAGCACUGACUGCAAAUGUGUUGUUGCGUGGCUCAAAAGAGCCCUGAAAAAGUGAGGCGUGAGAAGAGCAGAGUAUCGUGUGGAUUCAUUGCACAGAUCUCUGUACUUUAAACAGAAUAGAUUUUCAGGAAAUCUGUUGAUAUUUUCUGUUUAAAGUAGCAUCUGUAACACUAACUCGCUACUGUGUUUUUAACAAAAAGUAACUAUCACAGUUACUUUUUUGUGACACUAAUUAGAAAAUGCCUGAGCAUCUAACAAAUUCUUUUAAUUUGCUAAUCAACUAAAUUUAAUACUUCAGUGAUCUCUUUAUAGACUUGAGGUAUCACUUAACAAAAUAAUUAUUUUCAUUAAUUAUUCCAUCCUGUAAGAAGUUUAAGAAGAUAAUUGUUUUCAGUCAUCUGUCAGUCCUAAAAGAUAAUUAUUUAAGGAAUGUUAGGAUCAAUAUCUUGAUGUUUUCUAAACAGUAUUGGUUUUUUUUGAACACUCUCAAAGCCAACAAAAUAUGCCAGUUAUAAUGCCAAUUCUACUAGGCAGCUGUAGCAGUUUGUGUUGGAUAAAGGCUUGGAAAUUGAAUUACCUCAGAGCAAACUGGAAUGUGAUAUUGGGCAUCAAGAGCCAAGGUGACUCAGCUGGUCAGUGAGAAAUUAUAAUGCUUUUAUGUUGUUUCUUAAGAUUUGAAAAGAUUAGGUUCAUUGUGUAUAUUGUUUCCAAGGCCUACCAAUUUCUAGUGAAUGAAAUAUGAUUGGUUAUUUUUCACUGAGCCUAGAAGAAGCGUAGGCUUACUCUUCCAAAUCGUAUUUCACUGGCCCUCAUUAACAGGCUGCUCCUUACCACACCUUCUGACCGAAACCAACAGAACAACACUAAGAAGCAUUCUUCUGAGAACUGUGUAUCGCGGUGUAAAUUGCUUCACGGCGCUCAUAGUUGGUGCUUGGAGAGAUGCUGAGAUUAGGAUGCAGUGUUCAUGUUUCAAACUCAAUGCCUCCCAAUCUUAGUCUAUUUUUAAAACGCUGCCGGGUGGAGGCUGAAGAACUGAACCACCGUUAGCUCGGUGAGUGGGUAGUAAUGUUAAAAUAUUGCCAUUUAACAGUUUUCUAGCCAUUCAUCAUUCAAGUAAAAUGUUGGAACUCUGGAGUCAUUCGAUGUACGUUGUACUAACGAAGGACACGGAAGCUGGUGUUCAAAAGGGUUUGCGGGAGCUACUCUCAACUAAAAUGUAAAUAUUUCAUUUUGAAGGUUGCACUCGUUCCGAAUGCCUCCCUCCCACUCCUCAGAGAAACUAGUGUUACUUGAAGGUGUAAAAAUACCCAUGACAGCGUACCUUGAAGCACAGUAUUGUAAAUAAAUAAAUAUUGUCUUGACUCUAAAAUUAAACCCAGAUUUAAUUAAUAUAUUAUUUUAUAUCUUUGUUGUAUUAAAACAAAUAUUUAAAAGCACUAAAAAUAAAACCUUUGAAAGUCUG